UUUCACUCUUCUUUUUUAAGAGGACUAGACAAGGUUAAUCGGUAUACUGCAGGCAGGAGAAGGCAAGGAUUCCUACCUGAUCCUGUUGCUAUUGCUUGAGAAGUACCCUGCCUUACAGCCAACUUGCUCUUUUGUCCCGUGAGAUGGCUGACUGCUCCUGUGACAGAAGAAGGAAAAUCUGGGUUACCAAGGAUCUAUGUGAAAACACAGACGAAGUAGAAAAAUUUAUGAAUCAUCCAGCUCCAGCAAACAGUCGUUAUAAACCUACUUGCUAUGAGCAUGCUGCUAACUGUUACACUCAUGCGUUUCUUAUUUUCCCAGCCAUUGUUGGUAGUGCCCUCCUUCAUCGACUGUCUGAGGAUCAGUGGGAAAAGAUAACAGCAUGGAUAUAUGGAGUUGGUCUAUGUGCACUUUUCAUCGUUUCAACAGUAUUUCAUAUCAUUUCUUGGAAGAAGAGUCAUCUAAGGACAAUGGAGCACUGUUUCCAUAUGUGUGACCGAAUGAUGAUCUAUAUCUUCAUUGCAGCAUCAUAUGCACCUUGGUUAAAUCUUCGGGAACUUGGGCCUCUGGCAUCUCAUAUGCGUUGGUUUAUCUGGCUAAUGGCUGCUGGGGGAGCAUUUUAUGUAUUUCACUACCAUGAAAAGUAUAAAAUCGUGGAGCUCUUCUUCUAUUUAGCAAUGGGAUUUUCUCCUGCUCUAGUUGUAACUUCCAUGAACAACACAGAAGGACUUCAAGAACUUGCCUGGGGAGGCGUAAUUUAUUGUAUGGGAGUGAUCUUCUUCAAGAGUGAUGGAAUAAUUCCAUUUGCCCAUGCCAUCUGGCAUCUGUUUGUUGCCACAGCAGCUGCCGUUCAUUAUUACGCUAUUUGGAAGUAUCUUUACAGAAGUCCUGGAGAUAUCAUCCUUCAGCUAUGAUAUGAAACACGGAGAUAGAGACAUUUGCAACAACAAUUUGCCUUUGACUCAGUAUUACUUGGGGAAAAGAAAUUAUCCAGGAAACCUGGGGAGGGGGAUUGUAGAGGGAAAAAUGCACUGACUUUGACCAUGUUCACCUUUACUGUGAACUUAAGUGACAAAAAUCUUUCCUAGAAUUACAGUUUGCAUAGCACGUGCUGGAGCACUUCGUUCUCCAAGCACUGUCCUUGGAGAGCCCCAGUUGAAAUAAAUAGGACUUGGGCAAGAACAUGGCACUCCCGUUCAUUUCAGGGCGGCUUGCACAGAAGCCUAUCCUUUUCAUGUUGCAUCCACCGUGAAGACGUGGAGACUACAUCUAACCAGUGAACUUUAGGUGGGGCAUUUAAGUCCAUUUAAGCCCAGGUUGGGAUUGUGGUUCAAACCAACAUGCUGCAUUAUGAAAUAUCCAUUCCACAUUAACAAGCUACAAUGAUGUGAAAAAUGGGUGGUGGUAUGUUUACAAAUUCUUUUUUAAUGUCUGUUGUAAGUUUAACUUCUGCAUCUUUAAACAAUGUAAACUUACAAAUUGUAGAAGUUUAUGUGAUAGCAAAACCACAUUUUUACAACUGCUUCUAUCACUUUUCACAAAUAAUUUCAUUAAAUACAAAUCAUGAACCGAUAGGGUAUAGCUCUUCCCUCCCAAAUCUAAUAAACCAAUGUGACUUUUAUAAAGUGUUUUUUUUAAUAAAUUAAAGACAUACCUUUUUUCUUUUUGCAAAAACCAAAAAACAAACCUAGCUACAUUCCAUGUAUUGGUACAUAAUAUCUCUACCAGGGUUUUCAUUUAAAAAGAUAAUGUGAUUGAUAAAAAUUUCUAAAACUGGCUUUGCCAAAGUAAAAGCCUGAAAAGCUUCCACCCUCUGUGGUAAACUGAAUUACCUGUGUGGAAUGUAUUUCAGAAUACAACUAAUGCUACCUAAUACAGUGCCAUUUCUAGAGUAAUUUGUAGGUAUCUGUGUGAAAGCAUUCUGAACGUUUUAGUUAGAAAUUGUGAGCAGCGGUUAACAGCUGUAACAUUUAAUGACUAAAGCAUCAGUUAUUUUGUAGAUUCAUAAGACAUUUGGUGCUCAAGCAGAGGUUAUAGUGCAACUUUAUGCCUGUUUACUCAGAAGUAAAUCUCAUGGUAUUAAUGAGGUUUACUCCCUAGUGAUAUUAAGACUGUGUCCUUACAGUAUUCAAGAUUACUAGUUAGGCCAAUUGCUCCCACUAGGGUACUUUUGCCAUUUCUGAAAACUUAAAGAGUUGCUGGUAAAUUUUUGAAUAUUAAUAGUGAGUGGUUCACUGUAACACCCAAACGGCCUUUAUGGAAGGGAAACUUAAAAUAUUUGUGAUGUCUCCUCCAUCUGGGACUUAAAGUUGCAAAACUGCAAGCGUAUGUGGUUCUUACCAUAGUAGUUGGGAUAAUAACAGUAGCAGUUUGGUUGAUGUGCUUAUUAAAUGACAAGGUGUUUGGAUCUUCGUUGUGAUGAUCAUUGUCAAGUUACUGUAUACGUCCCACUGUACUAUGAAUGUCUUAUAUUAAGAUUGAAUUUAUGCUUUUUGUAACUUGCUCUUUUUCAUGUAAGUAUUUAAAAAAAACUAAAAU